GAUGGGAUGCCAGUAAUGGGAGGUGGUGAUAUUAUGGAGAUGAGUCCUGAAAUACAAUGGGUAUUUGAUAUGGCUUGGUAUGGUGAAGCUAAAAGAGAGGAUGGGUCUAUGUGUGAGGAGCAUCCUCCUAAGCUGACUUCAGAUGGUAUUUGGGAGAGACUUAUUUUGAAAAGUGUAGGUCUUAAUAUUUGGCAAUACCGUCUUCCGAAUCUCGAGAUUGUCAUCUUGAUCGUCUUCUUCUUUUGGCAAGCUUUUAAUAUCAUGUUCAAGAAAUUGGGUCUUUCUGUUCCCAAGUUCUCCUCUAUGAUGCUUGCGGGAAUACUCUUGAAUGUUAUACUUACUUUAUCGGGUAAUAACUCGAUCAUCGGGGAGAUCUUGGUCCCGAAAAACAGAAUCGACAUUCCAGGAUGCCUUGGAUCAUUUGGAUUCAUGAUUUUUUGGUUCCUUAAAGGUGUGAAAAUGGACGUCAAGAGAAUCUUUAAGGCUGAGUCAAAAGCAAGAGUCACUGGAAUUGCAACGGUUAGUUUCCCUAUAAUUGUUGGCUACAUGCUUUACAAGUUCAAAUCUGUUGAAAAUAGACCGCUCUCUUCCCAACAUUAUGACACAUUGCUACUAAUGGAAAGCCUCACAUCCUUCUCCGGGAUUGCAAGGCUAUUGCGCGACCUUGGCAUGAACCAUUCAUCUAUCGGUCGGGUUGCUUUGUCCUCAGCCUUGGUCUCUGAUCUGGUUGGACUAGUUCUCAUGAUGACGAGCGCGUUUUUUGCUUCAUACUCACUCAUUGGUGGAAUGCUUAUGCUGAUAGAGAUAUCAUUCUCUCUCGUCAUUCUUUUUGCCUUUGUGAGGCCUUUACUAUUCAAAGUAAUCAAGCAGAAACGAGAAGGGAGACCGAUAGAAGACAAAUACAUCUACGGGAUUCUCGUCGUCUUGUGCUUAUCUUGUAUGUAUUGGAAAUUAAUUGAUCAGAAUCCUGCACUUGGAGCCUUCUUUCUUGGUCUCGCCAUUCCUAAUGGACCUCCUAUUGGAUCCGCAUUGGUCGAACGCCUAGAGAGCUUUAACUUUGGUAUCAUAUUACCUCUCUUCUUAUCAGCCACUAUGCUUAGAACUGAUAUCGCAUCUUGGAAAGACGCUUUGACAUUCUAUAGCAACGACGAAAAGAAAUUCGCGGUUGCGUCCCUCGUCUUGCUCAUCUUCUUGUUGAAGCUCUCUGUCUCAGUGAUUGUACCUUACAUCUAUAAAAUGCCGUUGCGAGACUCUGUCGUCCUUUCCCUUAUCAUGGCUCAUAAGGGUGUUAUUGAACUCAACUUCUACUUUUACGCUCACAGCCUUAAAUUAUUAUCAAAAGAUAUAUUCUCAAUCCUAGUCUUGUGCAUUGUCAUCAACUCUCUAGUCUUACCAGUGGUGGUCGGGUUUCUCUACGACCCAUCUAAGCAAUUCAUGUGUUACCAAAAGAGAAAUUUAGCGAGUAUGAAGAACAGUGGAGAGCUAAAGACUCUUGUCUGUAUCCAUAGACCAGACCACAUAUCUUCCAUGAUCAACCUUCUAGAAGCUUCUUACCAAUCAGAAGAGAGCCCUCUUACUUGCUACGUGCUCCACCUAGUCGAGUUACAAGGUCAAGAUGUUCCCACUUUGAUCUCACACAAAGUUCAGAAACUUGGAGUCGGGACAGGGAAAAAAUAUUCCGAAAACGUUAUCCUCUCUUUCGAACAUUUCCAUCGAUAUGUCUCUAGUUCCAUUUCAAUAGACACAUUUACUUGCAUCGCAAACUCCAACCAUAUGCAAGAUGAUAUUUGUUGGCUAGCUCUUGAUAAAGCUGUCUCGCUUAUCAUUCUUCCUUUCCACCGUACUUGGUCACUCGACCGAACAUCUAUAGUGUCCGAUGUUGAGAUGAUCCGGUUUCUCAAUUUCAAUGUCUUGAAACAAGCUCCUUGUUCUGUCGGUAUCCUUGUCGAACGCCAUCUCGUUAGCAAAAAGCAAGACGAGGAGCAAAACCUUAAGGUGUGUGUGAUAUUCGUGGGAGGAAAAGAUGAUAGGGAAGCGCUAGCCUUUGCGAAGCGAAUGGCCCGUCAAGAGAACGUGACAUUAACAGUUCUACGCCUCUUGGCAUCGGGAAAGAGCAGAGAGGCGACAGGUUGGGAUCAAAUGCUUGACACGGUGGAACUAAGAGAGUUGAUGAAAAGAAACGAUUCAAGAAUGGAAAUAGAAGAAAGCUCAACGAUUUAUUUGGAACAAGAGAUCUUGGAUGGAGCGGAUACGUCAAUGCUUCUACGUUCCAUGGCUUUCGAUUACGAUCUUUUCGUAGUGGGAAAAACAUGCGGUGAGAAACACGAGGCGAUCAGCGGUAUAGAGGAUUGGUGUGAGUUUGAGGAGCUUGGAGUUCUUGGCGAUUUCUUGGCCUCGCCGGAUUUCCCGAGCAAAACUUCGGUGUUAGUAGUGCAACAACAACGAGCAGUAGUCAAUGAUGAUUAGAAGAGGGGAAGCACACUAUA